AUGGGUGACGCUGUUCUGGAAAAUCGUUCCAACAGCGUCCUUUUCGUCGGCCAUCCUCUGAUUAACAUGCUUGCUCGUGCCGACUACUCUGUGAUUGAGAGGCUUGGAGUUGCAAAGGGGGAGUCCAACUUGGUAACGCGUGAGACGUUUGACGAACUGGAGAAACUGGUAAAAGUGGAAAACAUGAGCCCGGGUUGCUCUUCGUCGAACAGCGCCAUUGCGUACUCGUACUUGGGCGGCAAGACCUCUUACUUCGGUUUGAUGGGUGAUGAUGAUGAGGCUAAAGUAUUCUGCGACUCGCUGGCCAAAUACGGCGUUGAAAACAUGUCCGUUACCAUCCCGGGUCAACGUACUAGUCAGGUGUACGCUCUUGUGACGCCUGAUGCUGAUCGCACAAUGUAUGUAUUAUUCGGUGCGUCGCACACGAUGAAAGCAUCUGAUAUUGAUGAGAGCCUGAUGGACAACAUCGACUACUACGCUGUGAAUGGAUUCAUAUUUGCUGAUGAGGAGCAGGUGGCCCUAACUUACAAGAUGGUUGACGCUGCUCUUAACCGCGGUAAGGGUGUGGUCACGCUAUUUGCCAACAGCUUCUGCAUUCGUCGCAAUGGCAAAUACUUGAAAGAAAUUGCUGAGAAAUCCGCCUACAUUUCUGGAAACCUUGAGGAAUAUACAGAGUUAUACGAAAUGUCUGACCGUGAAGCAUUGUUCCGUAUGUUUGAAGAGCGAACUCAAGGACCAAAACCUCAACACAAAGCCGUGAUUAUUACAAUGGGUAGUGAAGGAGCGAUGGUUAUGUAUCAGGGUGAGCGUUUCUACGUCCCUCCGUGCAAUGUGGACGUCGUUGACACGACUGGUGCCGGAGACUUCUUUGCUGGUUCAUUCCUCUAUGGUGUGCUGAACGGUUGGUCGAUAAAGAAGUCUGGUCAGUUUGCAGUUGCAAUGGUGAGUGAUAUAAUUUCACAUAUGGGUCUCGCAAUUAGCGAAGAGACCCGCGCUACGAUCGAUGCUAUCAAGAAUGCUGCUUAA